AUGUCGCAGACUCAUCCAGGUCCCGGCUGUGCCGGUCCUUCGCGGACUGCACUCCCUGAAGGGCGCAGGUCGAGACCCCCAGGCCCAGCAGGGGUGCCCGGGUUCGCAUUUCCUACCGCAUCGCGCCUUUACCUGGUCCCACACCCGCCGCAUUUUCCCAUCUUCUCCCUUCCCUUGUUUUCCCUUCCCUCUUCACUUGUUCCAUCCCUAACACCUGGGCUGGCAGGAGGCUGCCAAGGGAGGUUUCACAUCUACAGAAAUUCCUGCCCCGCCAGGAGCUUGAAGAACAGCAGGGAGGCGGGUGUGUGGAAGGGAGGUAACACAGGGACUGAGCAGAAACGUUCAAGAAGGAGCAGAAGGAAACAGCUGCCAACAGGGAAAAGGUUUUUCCAGCAUAUUUUUCCUCCCGUUCCUAAUGUAUGGAGCUCCAGGUGUUGGCUGAACACCGUGAAUAUUUUUUACUGUUUUUCCACCAAGAAAUUUGAAUUCACCGAGACGAUUUCAGAAAGGCCUGCAAUGUCCGUUUUACCCAGAAGAUGGUGCUGUUGGAUCAAAAAACAGGCUCAAGUGAAGCUAAUGGGUGACCUUUCCAAAGAUGGACUCCGAGGCAGGACUGGCCCUGCAAUACCUUCAUCAAAGUUCCCUCAGAUCCGUGGGAGCCUGGCCUGCUCUGCAGAGUGGUCCUGUGCCUCGAUGCUGAUUUAUCAUCCCCCAUGGUCACAAGCAUAUGGAUGAGGAGGGAUCCCCGUGGCUGCUACCAUCCCUGCCCCCUGGCUUCGGAGACCUUGGCAUGUGGGGACACCAUCUCCC